AUCAAAUCAGUCAGUACGUCGACUACGAACUACGAAAUACGAAUUACGAACAGUCGCGCAGCGGACGCCGCGCGAGGUGCAUGUGUUUAUAGUUCGAUUUAUUUUUGCCCCGAAUGUUUACGUGAACGUAAACUUGAAAGUUUACCUUUAAAAUAUAAAAACUUAGACUGGCCUACAAUUUAAUGGCCAUAUUCAGUGUAAAUGGUGAAUGAAUAUUAAUAAUAAUAAAAUGGACAAGAAUACUAUAAAUAAUACGAACCCUUCGUCUCCACCGAAGACCAAAGUGAAAAAAGAGAAUGAAGAAGAAAUCAAGGAGUUCGCAGAAACAGCGAUGAACGAGCUGCUGGGCUGGUACGGGUACGAGCGGCUGGAGCUGCGGCGCUGGGCGGCGUCCCGGGCGCGGGACGGCAGUCCGGAGCGAGCGGAGCAGAAGGGCAAAGAAGAAUGUUCGUGGUGCAACAAGAGUGUGGGCAGCGAGAGCGGGGCGCUGCAGCAGGCGGGCGCGGUGUUCUGCUCCGAGCUCUGCUUCAGCCAAUCGCGGCGCGCCAACUUCAAGCGCGCCAAGACCUGCGAUUGGUGCAGGCACGUGCGGCAUACCGUCGCCUACGUGGACUUCCAGGACGGAGCCACUCAACUACAGUUCUGCUCAGAUAAAUGUCUCAACCAGUACAAGAUGCACAUCUUCUGUCGCGAGACGCAGGCGCACCUCGAUCUCAACCCUCACCUGGUGAACGCCUCAUCCUCAUCCAGCCUCAUCACCCCCGACCUCUGGCUCAAGAACUGCAAGAGCAGAUCAUCAUCACCGAAAUCCGAACGGUCCGGAUCGCCAAACAUCGAAAAAAUCCAAAAUUCAGAAAAAUCAGACCCACCGCCUAACCAAAGAAAAUCGCCACUACCCCUAAUAACAAUAGCACCACCCGCCAAACUAAUGAACCCAAAAUCGUUAGACGAGAGACCGAUACAAAAAUCCCCUGAAGCGAAAAAGGACUCGAGGAAUACCAAAAUGAAUUUACGAAAACGUAGAACGUCAAAAUGUUCAGCUACAGUCACAUCUCAGAGUAUAAGACAGAAUUCGACUCCAAAGGCGCAGGAUAUGAGAAUGUGCAGUCCGUCUAUCGAUGGAUCCUCCCCGGCUUCCACAGUUACUGUAGGCAACAGUGCUAUACAUUCUCCACCUCACCCCAACCCAAUAAAUCAUAUACCUCCAUUUCCAAACCCAAUGUUCGGAAUGCCUCCCCCAAAUUUUAUGGACAACCCCAAUGGCCAUAUCAACGAGCACAGGCAUCCAAUGUUUGCACCAAGACUCGGUUUCAUGCCUCCACCCCCUGGUAUGAUGCACCAAGAGAGGCCUAGAAUGUUCCCUCCUAUAAACUUCCCGCCCCAAAUAAGUGCAAUAGGCCAACCUCCCCCCGUCACAGUCCUUGUUCCUUACCCAGUCAUUUUACCAAUACCUCUACCCAUACCCAUCCCGAUACCAUUAACUUCAUUCUUACAAGCGCACUGUGCUAAUAAAGUCAAAACAGAAGUCAAUAACGAUGAUACAGAAGGACCGCUUGACUUUACUAUGAAUGGUGAUAAAAGAAAAAGUGAGCAAGCGAACAAAUCGACUGACGUUAUAGAACCAAAUGAUACUGAAGCACCUGAUAAAAGUAAUAAUCAUGAUCAAAAUAAAUUAAAUGAAAGAAUAGAAGCCGACAAAUCGCCUAAUGAAGUAACUCCCGAAGUGGGCAGCCCAGAACAGACUUUACCGAAAUUCAAAAUAACAAGGCUAGGGAAUAAAAUGGCCAAAAUCGUAGCAAAAUCUCGGGAACCCGCGGAGUCGUCGAGACCUUUGAGGAAACGACGAAGACUUGUCGAAGUGUCGACUGACGAUGACCCGCUCAUGUCUAAAACCAGGAAGAUUGUACAGGUUUAAGAAGUAAUUAUAUGGAGAAAAUUACCAUACCAUGGCAAAUGGAGGUCUUCUACAGUGUAAUGUGAUAAGUUCAGCAGAGGUUUUAACUUCUUCUAUAAUACCUUACCACGUGAUAGUAACGGCCUCAAAAAAGCUGUUUGGCAGCCAUUUCGAUCACUUACAAUGCUGUAAUAUCUACUUUACAGUUUUGAUAGCGGUGAAAUAAAAGCCAUUUUACCAGUAAAUGAUUGAAAUAGUAUUAUUACUAUACUGUGACUUAAAUAGGUAGUUUAUAUUUUAUUAGCUGAUGCUCGCGAAUUUAUCUGCGUUUAAGUAUUUAAAAUCCCGUGGGAACUCUUUCGUAAAAGU